GUCCAGCCUGGUGUCCCAUGGAGGAGGAGCUGCUGGCUCAACCUCAGGUGAUGAAGCUGCUGGACUCGCUCAGGGAGCAGUAUACCAGGUACCAGGAGCUCUGCAGGCAGCGAAACAAACGCACCCAGCUAGACGAGAUCCAUGCCAAGGUCAUGCAGGUGGUCACCUGGCUGCAGGGUCCAGGAUCAGAGCUGUUGAAGACUCAGCAGGCAAUCGGAGACUCGAUUCGAGCUGCUCAGGCCCUGCAGCAGAAACACGAGGAGAUCGAGAGCCAGCACAGUGAGUGGUUUGCGGUGUACGUGGAGUUGAACCAGCAGAUCGCUGCCUUGCUCAGUGCCGGGGAGGAGGAAGAAGUUGUGGAGCUGAAGGCGCUGCAGCAGCAGCUGAGCGACGUCUGCUACCAACAGGCGGCUCAGCUGGAAGGCCGACAGAACGUCCUGCAGGCCGCACAGGGCUUCCACAGCACCACACAGGAGUUGUCCCAGCAGUUGGACGGUCUGCUGGGCAUGCUCUGUGCUGAUGUGGCUCCAGCUGAUGGAGCCUCCAUUCAGCAAAACCUCAAGCUGUUGGAGGAGAAGCUGCAGACUGUCGAGGCAGGUCUUGCUUCUCUACGUCAGAAGGGGGCGCUGUUGCUGGAGCAGAUGUGCACGCAGCCUUCCUGGUCUCUGGAGGAAACGGAGAGUCCAGCUGGAGAACAACAGGAGAACGUUCAGCACAUCCAGGCUGUGAUGGAGGAGAUGCAGCUCCGCAAGCAGAGGUGUGAAGACAUGGUGGACGUGAGGAGGCUGAAGAUGCUGCAGAUGGUUCAACUGUUCAAAUGUGAAGAAGACGCUUUACAGGCAGUAGAGUGGCUUGGCGAGCUGUUGGACGCCCUGUUGAAGACUCACGUUAGACUGGGCGACGAGUCUCAGGAGACGAGGACAAUGUUGGACAAACACAGGAAGUUUGUGGAUGUCGCUCAGAGCACCUAUGAUUACGGCCGUCAGUUGCUGCAGGCGACCGUCGUCCUCUGUCAGUCUCUGCGCUGUACGACACGCUCGUCUGGAGACACUCUGCCAAGACUCAACCGAGUCUGGAAACAGUUCAGCGUCAGCAGUGAGGAGAGACAACAGAGACUGGAGCUGGCUCUGAGCUUCCACACCGCUGCCGAGAGGGUGUUACAGCAGGAAUGUGUGGACCCAGAUUCUCUGGAUGAAGUUGACUCUUCAGGAAAAACUCUGCUGGACAAACUGACCAUGCCUGUUAUCUUUCCUGACGGGAGCGAGCAGUACUUCGGGAGUCCCAGCGACACGGCAGCUGCAGCGGAGGCUGUCAGAGAGCGCCUCCUGCUGGUGGAGGAGCGACGGCUGCAGCUGCAGGAGGCGGGGGUCCAUCACGAGGAGGAGGACGAGGUGCUAAACAGGCAGGAGGCACGGCUAGAUGUGAUUGGAGAGGAACUGAGCGAGAAAGAGGAGCAAGAUGAGGAGGAAGAGGAGGAGGCGGAGCAGCAGCAGGAGGAAGACUUAGAGAGGGCUACGCAGGACUGCUAAUGGCUUGCUGAUGACGUUUAACCAGAGCAGCCUUAAUGAAGCUCGUUAACGAAGGGCUGCUGAUUGAUUUCCACCGAAGCCUCUGACUUGUUCUCCCCAAGCCACGAAAGUCAUCGUUUGGUAGCUUGUGUCUCACUGCGGCAGUAGAUUUUUCUUCCUGAUGGUAUUUCUUUACAUAAAGACGACAUUUUCCAUCAGCCUCACUGCUUAUCCUGAAAGAGAACAAACAUGUUGGUUGUAAUCUAUCCAUAGUUCUUUCACACGGUGAAAGCUUUACCAAUUUUUGGAGGACUGGAGCGCCCUGUGAGCUGUUAAGUGAUCCCGCAGAUUUCCAUUCAAAUCUCACCCACUGGAUCGUAAAUGUAAAAUAAUGGAAGUAUUUAAUGGAAUAAUUAAUAUUCAUGUCUCUGGAUGAUCUGUGUUGAUGACCAUCAACUGUAAAAUUAUUUGUUUGGAUAAGAAUACUCCUAAUGUACACCUAACACCGCCACCUCUUUCCCAGCAUGCCACUUGUUCUACUAAGUGGGCGGAGUUUCCAUGGUGCUAUCAUGUUUACCAAGGUUUCUGUCUGUGCCUCCUCCAGCUACCCACUAGAUGUUACUUUUCGUUCAUGUUAUUUUGACUCCUGCUGAGUCAUUGCCAGACACACACUCAGCGCUGUGUUCGACCUGCUAUAUACAAAGGUGGUAUAUGUGCAGUUAUGCCAUAUUUUUGUCUUGUGUGUACUCUUCACACUCUCACUAUGGUUCCCUUGUAAGUAAUACAGUUUUAUUUUUAUCUUGGACUGAGAAAUGUGGAUGUACAUCAGGUUUUCUGUUAAACUGGACAUAGUUUUAUCUUCGAGAUCCCUUAAAAGCGUAUUUUCCAGGUUUACUGACUGUUAAUCACUUUGAUACUGCGGCUGUUAUUGUCCUAGGUUUGGAGCAUUUCAUAAAUGUCUUUGCCGUCUUUUUCAAACCUCCGGCUGACUGAAUGCACCGCACCAAAGGCAAAUGCUGCCAUCUACAUGAAGGGAGAAGGCAAAAUAUGUAAUAUUUUGAGAGCGUGAAUUACUACAGUUUGUACACAAAUUAUCUGUCCUAAUUUGGGAAUUUUACAGAUUUGACCAAAUAAAUACACAAGUGGAAACACA